GGCGGCCAUCUCGCGCCCUUUGCGGCGGCGGCGCGGGAGGCGGCGGGAGGGCAAGCUGGAAACAUGACUGAUACAGAGGAAUCCAGCACUUCUGACUCUGAUUAUCCUGAGGUCCAAGAGGUAAUAUGUGGCCAGCAGAAAGAGCCGUAUAGGGUACGUGCUUGUGAAACAAAUACACAAAUUGAAAGGUCAUGUUCAAGGCAGAAGAAUCCUGCUCCUGAGGAAUCUUCAGAUGAGUGCAACAGUAUACCUAAGUCAUCAGCUGCCUCAGCUGAGAUUAUACUGGACACCAGCGAUUCAGAAAUUGAUCUUACUGUUGCUAGUGGCAGUGAAAGCCAUCCUAAGUGCUCCACUGCACCUUCAAAGCAAAAAAAGAGAUCUCAGUCUUCGAGGCAACAAGCUGAAUCUGUUGUAGGAGAGCCUGACAGUGAUAGCUCUUCAGAUUCUUCUCUAUCCCCUCAAAGUCCAGUGAAAUCAUCUGAAGCUUCCAAGAAGCAGAAGUCGAAACUCAAUUUGAAAGCCAUUUUUGCCUAUCACUUCAGGGGAAAGAAAUUUAAGGCUGCUGCACACCGAAAAUACAUGGGUGGCUCAGGCAAGAAGAAGAAGAAGAAGUACGAGAGCACAGGGAUACCUGCAGGGAGGCCACCACUGACAGCCUCACCUCAAGAGCAGAAGAGAAGGCUUCUAGACAGAGGUUUUCAGUUCCCUUUUGUUGAAAAACAUUAUGGGAAGAAACAUAUUCCCUUGAAGAUGGUUCUUGGCUAUGAGCAAGCAGCUGCAAAGGGAUAUUUCCAGUACAUUGAAAUGCUUAAAUACGAAGAACAUCUUAAAAAAGCUUUAAAAGCUCUUCAGGCUAGUGAAGACUUAGAAAGAGAGUGUCUGGCAGUACGGAAACACAAAUAUUUAGAUGAUGAAGGCCCCAUUUCCCCUAUCCAGGAGACGAAUGAUGAUGACAGCUUGAAUUCUGAUAAUCAAGAUGACUUUGAUGCCAGAGUAGUGGAGAACAGCUCUUUCAUUAUAAGCAGCAAAAUUCCCAGUAAGAAAAAAUCAAAGCCAGGAAGAAAAUGCGCAAAAUCAACUGAAGUGAUCGAACUAGAUGGGGAAGAAGACUGUGCUGCUGAGAACUCUGGGAUUCUGCAAAGUUCACCUUAGUGAACAAAAAAACUAACAAAUGAGGUGACAGUGGUCACUCUUCAGAUGCCUUUUUCAUGGCUUACUUGGUUUAAAAUGUGGAUCUGAAGUCAAUGUUGAGCUAUCUACCAAACAACCCAGUCAGAUUUGGCUUAAGUUAAUGUUGCUUUUGGAAGAUAAAAUACCACUCAGUUUUCUUAGCGAGCAAGACUGUAGGUGAACACGCCAGCUCUGUAGCAGUGAGCAGUUGUGAUUUUUCCAGACUGGUUGAAUUCUUAGGGAUGCUUGCUGACCUGAUGUACAAAGCUGUUACUUCAGUGUGUUUCGGUGCAACAUGUUAGUAAAAGAGGGGCAUUCCUGUGGUGUCUGGAACACAGUGGAAAGCCGCUAUUUCAGGGUGAAGUCCACAUGGUGGUCCAGUCUGAACUAGAAUCUUGGUAAGUUGGUGUGGCAGACUGGGGGGGUGUUUCAGCCCUUGCCUGUUGCAGAUUAGCUGAUUGGUUUUUAUGUGGUGAGCUGGUUUUGUUGCUGUUUUUUUCUUACGGAGAAGAUGCAGUGUUGCUUUAGAAAAUGUGAGAAUUUAUCUUCCCCCAAAACUUGAGAAUGCUGUGAGAAAAUUGUUGUGAUGAUUGGCAAAAAUGUUCAACUGCUCUGAAGAGAGUAGUAUGUAACUAGAGAAAACGAGAGAAGAAAUGCAGAUGCCUUGUCAUGGAGAUGUGAAAUUCUUUCCCGGUUGGUACAACACCUGAGGGGAGGUUCUGUGUAUUCCGUAAUGACUGGAGGGCUGGAAGUCUGUCAGAUCAAGCUUACUGACUCACGGAGCACUUCAGGGCCUUCUCAGUGCUACGUUACUACAUUUUAAUGUAUUUGCUGUCUGUUAAGAAAAUAAUUUAAUUUACCUUGGGUUUGUCCAAAGAAAACAUGUACAAAUUUGUCAGUCAAAAAGGGUGAUCACCUUAGCUGCUUAAACUGAUUGUUUUUCUCCUACAAGUUAGUUAACAGCAAGGAAGUUACAGGGGAGUUCUGUUUGAGUACAAUUUUGUACUCAAUUCCCUUUGUUGUUUACCUUCUGGUAAUGUUAGUUUUUAACAUUACAGUUGUUGCUAACAUGGAGCUACUUUAUCUUCCUGAAAUGUUAGUGUAUUAUUAACUUGUAUCAAGACAUUUUAGGAGAGGAGGAAUGUGAAAGGACUUGGUGUAGGAUCUAUUUGAGAUAUCUUUCCAGUCUGCUUGAUUUUUAUCUCUUGUGUUAAUUUGUAGUAGCAGAAGUGCUGAGGUCUAUCCCGACAGGAUCUCCUCUGUAGGUUCGUGUCGUUGGAAAUGCCUCACAGAAUAAACUUGUGGUUUCGCUUUACCCAUUGAACUACCUGUUAGCUCUGUGGGAUAAAUCUGCAAGACAAAUCUGCAGAUGCAGCACCCUAGGAACUGUAAUAAUGCAUUAUCUUCUCCUUCAGGUACUGACUUAGGCUUUUGAUACAAAUGAAAAGGUGAUUGAAGUGGAAAAGCUUGGUAAGAGUCAAGAGAUGCUGUGUUCUGGAACUUGAAGUGUACCUGAAAUGUUGAAUUGCAUGGGCUGAAAUUACCGUCCAGCCAGGUUUCUUGUCAGGUGCUUUAAGGUACAGAACAGCAAAUGUUUAAAACGAUUGGCUGUGGAAGAUAACCUGUUUGACAGUGUCUGCUGCUGAGUCAGAUGCAUGUCAGAGGGGUGAGGAACACCUCUGUGCCACCAAAGUGAGUCUGAAGGUCCUGGUGAGGUUGCUGUUGAGUCUGCUGCAAGGAAGAAUGCACAGCUCUUUUAAACACAGAAAGAACCUUAUCUGGAGUGUUUAUUGCAACAAUUUAGAAUUAAACAUGUCAUUCUAACCUCCCUUACUUGUAUCAGGUUGUGAGUGGACCAGCACAGUCUGCAUCAGCUGUUUUCCCACACUUCCUGUCAUGAACUCAACCAUACUAAAGGUCUGCAGAGGUAUUCUGUGCAGCUGUCACAGUGUUUAAAUAAAAUUGAUAUCUGAAAGCUGCA